AUGUAUGAUUUGAAACUUUUUUUAAGUGUCUGUCAAAAACUCUGGUCUCACUGUACAAGAGUGUAUCGAAGUUUUGGAUUGGAUUCUGAUCACUAUUUGGUUGCUAGUAAAUUGAGUAUUAACAAGAGCCGUAUAAAUAGUUAUCGGAAACCAUCCAACAGAUUGCGAGUGGAUCGUUUGAAAGAAGAGAGUGUGGCCAGUGAGUUUGUUGCAGUUUUGGAGGAAAAAUUUUCGGGUUUGAAUGAGAAUGUAUCUGACAUUGAAUCAGAGUGGGGCAUUUUCAAAAACACUGUUCUGGGGGCUGCCAGAGAGUGUUUAGGGUUCGUUAGAAAUAAGAAUGGUAAAAAGAAGACUGAUUGGUGGAACAACGACAUUAAGGCUGCCGUUAAGGAAAAGAGAUCUAAAUGGAUGCACUGGAUGCCGAAUAGGACUGAGGAAAACUGGACAUCAUACAAGGAACAACGGGAUACCGCAAAGCGAAUGGUCAAGGAAGCAAAAGAGGGACAUUGGAUAAAAUUUGGAGAGGAAUUGGAAGAAGCAGGUCAGCAGAGGAACAAAGUAUUCUGGACUAAGGUGAAGAACAUCAGAAACGGAGGUAAAAAGCAGGCACCGACAGCAGUUUUGGACAAAUCGGGCAACUUAGUAAUUGGAAGAAACAAUGUACUCAACCGCUGGAAGGAAUAUUUUGAUGACUUAUUGAAUGUUGACAAUGGAGUUACUGGACAAAAUGGACAAUAUGGAGAGGAAAAUAUUAUCGAUGGGUUUGUGCCAGAAGAAAUUAGUAUGGCAGAAAUUCAAGCAGCUAUUCAGAGAUUGAAAUGGGGCAAAGCAGCAGGCGUAGAUGAAAUUCGCACUGAAUUCCUAUUGAGUGGCGGUGUAGUUGGG